AAGGCCGCCUCGCAUUUCACCUCAAAGCCAUAAGGCAUCCCUUUUUUCCUUCUCCACUCCCCUCAUUCCCCACUACCAUAUCCUCCUAUCUGUCUCUCUUAUUCUUUCUCGAGGCUGAGACAGUCAAAGCAAAGAAUCUUCUCUCCUCCUCUUUCAAUUUGGAUCAUUCUCCGCGAUUCUUCAGAAUUUAUCUUACUGUGCAUACCAGCCUAUUAGGGCUUAGAAACCAUCCACAGUCCGCAGCAACAACAGAUAUUUUCUUCUCAAUUUUUGUGAGCACAUCAAAUUCAGUAAUGGAAGUCAAAAUAGAGCAAAAGGACGCGUCAGAUUGGUCCUACAGAGGUGAAGGUGCUGCUAAUAUAGUUCUCGCCUACACUGGAUCAUCGCCCUCUUUUAUUGGGAAAGUAAUGAGGAUAACAAAAAAAGCAAGGAACGGGUCGUCACCGAAGUGUGACUCUAACCAAUCAGUAUUAACAGAGGAAGAGCGGUUGUUAUGGAGAGACGUGGAAGAGUUAGUUACCUCUCCUACGAAAGAAAUUGCAGAGCAGAUUUAUACUCAGCUAGUUAUGAGUCCUUUGUUAGGUUCCAAACAUGUCGAUGCUGGGAUGCGUGUGCCAGUAACGAGGGAUUUUCUUGAGUGUGUUGAAAAGAAUGUAAUUAAACAACGUCCGGCUUGGCGAAUUGAUGUUUCAGUGGUUGAUUUGGAACGUGAUUUUGUGAUUAUCAUGUCUGAUCAUUCUCUAUUCCCUGGAGGUGUUCUUAAAGAUGAACCUUGCAUAUCAGUUGAGAUAAAGCCCAAAUGUGGAUUUAUCCCUUCAUCAGAAUUCAUAGCUGAAAGAAAUUCUGUUAAGAGGAGUGCUACUCGUUUUCAAAUGCACCAAGUCUUGAAGUUGCGUGAACAGGAGAUAUCAGAAUUAAGCGAGUAUGAUCCUCUGGAUCUGUUUUCUGGUUCCAAGGAAAGAAUACAUAAAGCCAUCAAGGAUCUGUACACCACUCCUCAGAACAAUUUCCGUGUAUUCUUGAAUGGUUCUCUUAUAUUCGGGGGCUUGGGCGGUGGCAUAAAGAGAACUAAUGCUGUGGCUGGAAAAGCUUUUGAAGACGCACUCGAGGGCAUCAUCCUGGCUGAAAAUGGCUUGCGCACAACGAGUUUUAUACAGCUUGUUGCUGAGGCAGUUUACUGCUCUAGAGUAUUGGACGGGCUUCUUGAAGUUCAAAGGCUUGAUAAUUUUGACAUUGAAGGGGCCAUUCAUGCAUAUUACAACAUUGUUUGUCAGCCUUGUGCGAUAUGCCAACAGUUGGAUGAAGCAAGACCACCACAUAGAUGUUCCUCCUUGCAUUCCAUUCAUAUGGAUGAGAGUUUGAAAAUUGCAAAGGAUUAUUUGAUAGCUGCUACUGCAAAGGACUGUAGUUUGAUGAUUAGUUUUAGACCAAUGAAAGAUGGAGCGUUUGGAUCUCCUCAUGUAUACCUACAGUCAACCAACCAAAGUUUUAAUUACAAGGUGAAUUUCAUUGACUUGGAUUUAAAACCUUUAAAGAAGAUGGUAGACUACUAUGAAUUGGACAAGAAGAUAUUGAACUGCUUCACUCAGAUGUUGGAAAUGGAGCAUAAAGAUGGCAAUGCUAGGACCAUGGAUGCGAUUGAAACUAUAAAUUGAGUUUCAACAAGACUAUAAAAGAUCGUAAGUUUUGAUUAGGCAAUCUUUUGCAUUGAUUGUUGAUGUAAUGCUUGUAACUUGUAAAAGUGCAGAUGGAAACUGUUAAUAUUUUGGUUUACGAACUCUUCCCUUUUCAGGAGAUUGAAUUUCCUUAAAGAAUGUGAAGUGUAAACUAUAGCCUACCCCAAUUAGUUUGGGAUUGAGGCGUUGCUGCUGCUGCUGCAUUCGGAAAUUCUAUGCCUUUUCAUACCUCUUGUCUGACCCCAUAAAAUGAAGUGGAGUUGGAGACAAAAUUAAUCAAACUUUUGCGUUUUGGCUUUGACUGCUAGCACAGUGAUCGAUUAAUGUAUGGGUAGCUUGUUUUUGACCCAUUAUUCGAUGUGUUGUGCUGAUAACCUCUGCCAAAACAAACUUUAUACUCUUGGACUAUUAUACAAUGCCCAUUGAAUAAUCAAUAAAGACAUUUGUCUCUUAAUUCCAAUGUGUUCCGAGGAACCAUGGACUGGUUAUGUGUCUCUCUUCAUUCGUAUCAUGUAGUUGGAGUGUUGAAUUUCACCUCGUUAAAUGUUUGAAGUGCAUUGAAAUUUUUUGAAUAUUCAAGUCUGCAAAUGAAUGUAUGUAUACGAUUCAAGCUACCAAUAUAUAUACAGUGCCUGCAUACAACUUCUUGACAGUGCAUGUCCCCCGGUUUACAUACGACCGAUAUAGAAAUUUAGUCAAUAUUUUAUCCUCUGUUGUUAAUUAAGAGGAGUUUAAUGAGGGGGGAGGGUUGAAAGGGACAAAGCACGUUCGUGGGCUCAACAGAGAAAGUGAUACAUCAACUACUGUACCGCCAUUCCAUCCCCAAGCCCACAUGGGCUAUAAAAUUAUACAGCUAGAUUUAAAUUUACUGAGGCAUAUGGCAUCUGAAAUAGCAGGAAGCAUCACCCUUUGCUUUUCAGAAUUGAGAGUUGAGGUUUAAGUUUACUUUCUCAGAACUGUUUAUAUCAAUUUUUUCAUAAUCUCUUCUCUUUGCUAUGCGUGUAUAUUCUCAUUUCAGUUCCAUGUCAAUAUUUGGAUAUGAUGCAAUUGGUAAAUGUGUGAUUUGGAAGCUUAAUCUAACUGGUUUGGUAAAUAUCAACUUUCACAGAAGAAUGGCAUUGGAAAUCAGCAUGCGUGUUGCCUGCAGCCGGCAAGGAAGACUUGAGCGUCGUAUUUUGUUUGGCCAAGCAGAACAAUCAUGCGUGUUGCCUGCAGCCUGUGGCUGUUCCAUGUGCUCAAGAAUGAGCUGCCAAGUUGUAGAAGGCAUCUGUGUGCAUGGAUCAGGAGCCAUCACGGCAUCUUGAAGUUUGAGGGCAACAAAAAAGGACAAAUGUGUGGCAGAAGUGGGGACAAGCAGUGCCCAUUCAUCUGACCCGGCUCUCAAUAAAGCUGAACUGAGAAAUUUACUGAACUGAGAACAUGUAAUAUCAGGUUACUAUUAUCAUCAUCCUAGCUUAAAAGCUAGUUUGGCUUGCCUGUAAAAAACCGUAACUUUGGAUUUUCUGUAAAGUCCCCAAGCUUGGACUAUUAGCAUGUGGGACUAUUAGCACUACACUUAAAAGUCUCACUCACACUCCACUUUUGGGGAGAGAGGUGGAGUGCCAUUAGUGUUUGUAGAAUGUUCAUAUCGGCCAGCAAAACCGUUUCUCGGAA